ACAAUAUCAAUAUUCACACCUCCGUUUCUCUCCUCUCUCUAGAUCUCUCUCUCUUUCUCUCUCUAAACAUGAUGAAGAGACUACAAAGAAAUCUUGGAAUGUUUCCACAGGUCAUAUAAACAACAAAGCUAUAGAGGUGGCUUAAACAGCUGAUGACUUGCACUGGAAUGGCCUUCUUCUCCACCAAUUUCAUGUUACAGUCCUCCCAAGAAGAUGACCAUCAUGCCCCUACCUCUCUCACUCCAAUUCUCCCACCUUGCACCACCACUCAAGAUUUCAGUGGUGUGGCGUCCUUCUUGGGGAAAAGGUCGAUGUCUUACUCGGGUGUGAACAACAUGGAUGGAUGUGAUCAAGAAGGGAAUAUGAACGGAGAAGAUGAUUUGUCUGAUGACGGAUCGCAGCUGCUUGCAGGAGAGAAAAAGCGGAGACUAAACAUGGAACAAGUGAAGACACUUGAGAGGAACUUUGAGUUAGGAAAUAAGCUUGAACCUGAGAGAAAAAUGCAGCUUGCAAGAGCACUUGGACUUCAACCAAGACAGAUUGCCAUUUGGUUUCAAAAUAGAAGGGCUAGAUGGAAGACCAAACAGUUGGAAAAAGAUUAUGAUGCCCUCAAGAGACAGUUUGAAGCUGUUAAAGCUGAGAAUGAUUCCCUCCAAUCUCAAAAUCACAAACUUCAUGCUGAGAUAAUGGCGCUUAAAAAUAGGGAGCCAACAGAAUUAAUCAACCUCAACAUAAAAGAAACCGAAGGAUCUUGCAGCAACAGAAGUGAAAACAGCUCCGAAAUCAAGUUAGACAUAUCAAGAACACCUGCGACUGAUAGCCCUCUAUCAUCACACCAACAUCAACAUCAACACCAUCAGCAGCCAAUCCCUAAUCUUUUUCCAUCAUCCAAUAUUGAGAGGCCGAAUACGAAUAAUAUUGUGGCUCAUCAACUCUUCCACAAUUCAUCGUUAAGGCCAGCAGAUCAUCAACUCCAUUGCCAGAAAAUUGAUCAAUCAUCGGCCAUUAAAGAAGAAUGUUUUAGCAACAUGUUUGUUGGUAUGGAAGAUCAGUCCGGGUUUUGGCCAUGGUUGGAACAACCACAAUUCAAUUGAUGCGUUAAUGCGAUCAAGAAAGAAAACAAAACAAGAAAGGGACUCCAGUUCGACUUCUGGCCUUUGGUUUGAUUAUAUUAAAGAUGGAGAUCAAUGUGUAUGUUCUCUAAGCUUUAAAUUCUUGUUUUUUGGUACUUAAAUUAAUAGAGUAAAAAUUAGAAGAAAACAAAUAUUAUUAUUUUAUUUUCAAGAUUAGUGUUUGGAUAAUCCUUGUAUUCAAAGAAAUAAAGGGUAUUGAUCAGUA